CUACUAAUACCUAUAUAAAUCCUAUUUGAAAGCGGUGGACAGAAACUGUGAAUCUGUGUAGUGUACCUAUAUUAUAUACAGCUCUUAAUUUAAUGUUUAAUGAUAUCUAUGACUUGUUUACAGAAACAUUAAUAGAAGCAGAAGAAAAAGUUCUUGCAGCUCAGUACACAACAGACAUAUCUGACUAUGGUUCUUCAAAAAAACGCAAAAGCAAAGAUGGGGCAGUUGAGACAAUAAGUUUAAUUCCUGAAACUCUUCCUUCUUUUAUGAAUUUUAAAAAGUCCAAAAUUAUUCCUGGUAAUAAUGCAAAUACAAAAGAUGGGGCAAUUGAGACAAUAACUUUAACUCCUGAAACUCUCAUGCUUUAUAAGAUGCGCAGGUAUGGGGACAAAGUUUGGAGUACUCAAGACAGUGAUCUAACCAAUUGCAACAUGUACAACGCCGGGUGGUGAAACGCUGUUUUUGUGCCUACCAUACAACUUCUCAUGUCACCGUUAACAUGAUUGCUACAAUGCCACCCAUCGUAUUGUUAGUCACAGAACGCACGGAUACGUACUGGCAGAGAAGGAAUGCUGCGGUUGGUGUUAAAGUGCAGGGUUGGCCUGUACUGCGUCGGUCCACAUUACAGCGCUGGGAGUAGCAGCUGGAGAAUCUAGAGCAUGGCGAAUGGACGUGUGCACUUAUCACAAAUGUGGUAGCGUGGCCGGUGUAGAGGAGUCAUGGACAUACCACAUACCAUUUGACACAGCUGCUGAGCGGACACAGAUGCUUUGGUAAAUACCUUCAUUGGAUCCAUAAGGAGCAGAACAGCAAAUGUCACCAAGCGGGGCUGACGAAGACGACGGCAGACACAAUGUUUGAGUGCAGCAGCUGGUCGGAGGAACGAGCAAAGGGGAAGAGGGUGGUGGGCACUUUCGGCAUAGCAUCGGUAGCCGAGAAGAUGAUGUCACGGGCCAAGUGGUGGGACACUGUUUCCACAUUCGCCAAACAGGUCAUGGUGAAGAAAGAAGACCACGAGUGAAUGAGGAGGAGAGAGAUUCCUCACGCUGGAGCCGUAGCUGAUUAAAUUAAGUAGAUUAAGUUAUGAUGUGGCCUGAAAGGCGAUUUGAGGGGAUAGAGAUCCUCGUUAAAUGUAUGACAAUUUUUAUCUAAGGACGUGUGAGUGGGAGAUUAGCCUGCCACAGUCCAAUGUUGAUUGUAUUUUGUUGAAUAAUAGACACUUGGCUGCUCAAGGGUACUUAUACCUCACGAUACAGUUCCCCCCGAGAAGCUACGAAGUGCACAUGAAAAAAAAAGUUAGGUUAGGUUAGAAUAAUUAGAUUAGUAAUAGUAAGGUAGUAUGGAAUAAUAAAUUAAUCAUUCCCGGAUAUAUUUAUUCUCUGUACUUUGUUGUUUGUACUAUUGAAUUUUUUUUUUUUAAAUAUAAUUUAUUUUAUGUUAGGUACAUUAAAUGUAUAAUAAUGUUCUUACUUAAAAUAUUUGUUUUAAUUAAAUUGUUGUAUUUGUCUUCCCCUAAAAAAUUACAUAAUGCUCGUAUUAUUCUUCAAUCAUUUAUUACAUGUUAUUUUUAUG